UUGCCGAUUGUCGACUACUUACGCCUGCAGCGUUCGGCAAUGGCUGACAGCACGAAUGAAACAGUAGCAGCGUCCAAACCAGAGGUAUUUUACAACUAUCGGGAGAGGAAUAAAUGUUCCUCCGAGAAAGAUGCGCGAUUAGAGAGACAACAUUUCUGGAAUGUCAUCAACGCGUUUAAAUACUACAGAAUUCAUGUUCAUGAACGAGUGAAUCGAGCCGAGCGGCAGUUCCGAUGCCUUCCAAAUCACCACCAGCAACUUCUGACAAACUUUAUUCCCAAUCUGACCAAGAUUCGCUACUGUAUCGACCGAAACCAAGAGGUGCUGCAGGCCAUAGUGCACAACUGCCUCCAUAUGUUUGAGAACAUGGAAUAUGGACAGGAUGGUGACCCAAGGAAAGUACGGCCUUCCUCGACUUUUGACAUGGACAAGCUGAAGUCAACCUUAAAGCAGUUUGUCCGUGACUGGAGUGAAGCAGGAAAAGCGGAAAGGGACAGCUGCUAUAAACCUAUUGUAGAGGAGAUCCAGAGACUAUUUCCUCCUGACCAGUGUGAGGUGUCUCAGGUCAAAGUGUUAGUGCCGGGGGCAGGUCUGGGUCGGCUUGCAUGGGAAAUCGCUCAUCUGGGCUAUUCGUGCCAAGGCAACGAGUGGAGUUUUUUCAUGCUCUUCUCCUCUAAUUUUGUUCUGAACAGGUGUGAUAAGGAAAAUGCACUGACACUGUAUCCCUGGAUUCACCAGUUCAGUAAUAACAAAAUGUCCUCAGAUCAGACAAGACCCGUGUCCUUUCCCGAUGUCAAUCCACAGAGUCUCCCAGCAGACUCGGACUUCUCUAUGGUCGCUGGAGACUUCCAGGAAGUAUAUAGUGACCCUGAACUGUGGGAUUGUGUUGCUACUUGUUUCUUCAUUGACACUGCCCACAAUGUUCUUGAUUACAUUGAAACCAUCUGGAAUAUUCUAAAACCUGGUGGUGUCUGGAUGAAUUUGGGUCCACUUCUUUACCACUAUGAGAAUAUGGCCAAUGAAUUGUCCAUUGAGCUGAGCUAUGAGGAAAUAAAGGCUGUCAUUUUAAAAUAUGGAUUUGUCCUGGAGUUGGAGAGAGAGUCUGUUCCCAGCACGUACACAGAGAACGAUCGCUCCAUGCUCAAGUACCUUUACGACUGUGUCUUUUUUAUUGUACGGAAACCUGCAGAACAGUUGAUCAAUGGAGAUCAGACACCUAGAGAUGGCCAGAUUGAGGAUUCUUUAAAGACAAAAAAGUCAACAUGACGUUUAGAAGGGUGAAGCUCUGGACGAAUUCACAGACAAAUUGCCCAAUAAUAAACUGAUGUUUUUAAUCAUGAAUGCCAACAUUAUAGCAUAUUCCUGGUAAUACAACAAGACUGGAGCUUUAUUGUGCGCUGAAUCGUCUCAGAUAUUUACCAAAAAUAUAUGUUAUGUUUUGGUGCUUCGCUUUGCAUUCAUAUUCCUCAGGAUUUUGGGUGCUGCUUCACAACUUCACAACUAAUUGUCACUCCACACAUACAUUUCAGUGUUUUCUUGCAAUUGUUUACAUUAUCAGAGUUUCUAUGAUCAAAAUCAUAUUCACAGUCUGAAUAUGAGUCUGCUCUGGAUCUUGCACAAGUACUCCAGUGUCUCCUAGGAAAUACGUUUGACCAUCACAAUUGUACUAGUUGGCAGCAUUAAAAUAAAGUUGUUUUAAACUUAACAGAUUUUUCAUGAUCUUGUACAUGUACUGUAAUAAAACUUUUACAAUCAAGAACAAUUGGAACUUUGUUUCAUACUCAUGACUGUUUGUUCUAAGCAUC